UUCCCUUUGACACCUCUGCUCAUCUGAAUCUAGCGGACGCGUCAAACCAUUACAAGUUGUAGACUAAAAUGGAUACUUUGUUUUUCCUUAUAUUUAUACUUUUUCGAUGUUCUUCGUCAAACGGUUUCCUUAUUGUGCACACACCAAAGAAGUUGUGCCUGUCUACACACAAAACGACUGUCAUCCUCGGAAAAUGCAAUGUCACCAGUCCCUAUCAACAAUGGGAAUGGACGAACGAUAUGAAGUUGCAUCACACACAAUCAUCCAAGUGUCUCUGGGCCAACACGAGCAGUGCAAUACCUCGGCACGCGCGCCUGGCCUCGAUCAGCAACUGUGACAGCGCACCUGCCUGGAAAUGUUACGACAAACUGGGUACUUUCGGGUUAGCGAAGAAGCCCAUGUACCUGAAGAAACAAGGUAUACGCGUUGUAAUUAGAGGAGAUCAGAGUUAUUCUAACUGGACAAAGCACGAAGAAGUCGACUCAGGAGGGAGACAGGUGAUGACACAUUUAUGCGCGCGUAAAGGGUCCACCACCAUCUCAACCACCAGAAUGUAUUCAUCAACACACAAACCUGUGGCAUACACCAGCACUGUCCACGCCAUCAGAACGGCCCCUAUAACAGCCAUAAACACUCACUCUUCAUCAAACACUAUGAGAACCCAUAGUAGGACCCCACGGCAGAUCUCUAUUUUAAGAGUUCCCAUCACAACGCCUAAGAGUGUGGUGAACUAUGAGUCUAUGGUGGCAACGCACACUUAUGACAUCGUCAAGACUCAGACGAGAUGGAUGGCUACGAUGGGUCUUAUUCCCAGUUCCAUCUCAACGGCCAUCACAUCAUCAGGGGCAGCUCUCAACGACAGCCAUGAUUUUAUCUUGUCCAUUCCUGCUUUGUCCACAACUGACUCUGCCAUGGACAAAACGGUGAAUGCUGCCACCGAAAAUGCCCUCCUCGACUCGAGGAACGAAGCCAAGAUUCCAUCAGUAAACCAAGCAACUUCCAGUUCCACCCCCAUUAUUGUAGAUAAGCUGGUGUCAACUGACCCUACCACUACUGUGGUUUCCUCUACAAUUUCCUCAGUGCCCAACUCAAGUGCUAAGACAGAUUCAAAAUCCACUUCUGCAUCCGUAGACGUUACCGCUGAUGCUAAAGUCACAACUUCUGUUGCUUUAUCUACCCCAACCCCUGAUUCCACCACUAAUUCUGCUGCUACCACCAUACUUAUCGGUACCACAGCAUUGUCCACAACUAGGAAAUUACCCCCCAGAAAGACUGUUCCAUCUACACCCAAAACCACAACAAUGCAGACUACAACAACCGCUGCCCCUACUACUCCUAUUGUCGCCCAAACAACUAUGACUACAGCAAAUCCCAAAAUGAAAGUAGCACCAACCACAACCGCCACAGCCUCACUCACAAUAACUUCAACUCCUCCCACAAUAUCUUCAACAGUAAAGACUACAGCUAAACCCAAAAAGAAAAUAGCCCCACCCACAACCUCCACAGCCCCACCCACUACCUCUUCAACUCCACCCACAACCCAUCCAAUCACAUCUACAACAGCCCAACCCACGACCACUACCACCCCUCCCACAACUACAACAAACCUGCCCACAACUACCAAGAUUUUGCCUACAACUACCGCAACCACAACUACCACAACCACACCCACAACUACCACAACCACACCCACAACUAUCACAACCACAUCCACAACUACUACAACCACAUCCACAACCACUACAACCAUAGCUCCACUCACAACUACCAAAACCACACCCACAACUACCACAACCACACCCACAACUACUAUAACCACACCCACAACUACCAAAACCACACCCAUAACUUCCACACCCACUUCUACCACAACCACACCCACUACUACCACAACCACAACUACAACAACCACACCCACAACCACUACAACCAUAGCUCCACUCACAACUACCAAAACCACACCCACAACUACCACAACCACACCCACAACUACUAUAACCACACCCACAACUACUAUAACCACACCCAUAACUUCCACACCCACUUCUACCACACCCACACCCACUACUACCACAACCACAACUACCACAGCCCCACCUACAACAGCUACAGCUCCAACAACAACUACUACAGUACCGACUACAACCACAGAGUUGACCACCACCCCACAGGUCGAGACCACUGAAGCAGUGAAGUGUUCAUUUAACCUGACUGAAAUCAGCGCCAAAACGGAUUCUAUUGCACUGAAAUUAAUAACUAAAGGAGAAGCGUGUAACUUCACCGUGUUUUAUGAGAAUGGUCUGUCCGGUAUAACGGAUUGUGAUCAAUAUGGGGAGGACAGUAACGUGUAUAUCUGCGAUAUAAGGGAUUUGGAACCUGGGACAUUACACCAAUUCGAAGUUAUAUCGAAGAAUGAUGGAGAGAGGGGCAACGUAUCAGUGCAAACAGACCCAGUGGGUCCAUCCAGGUUGGACGUACUACCAGACCAGGUCCAGUAUAAGAGUCCUAUUCAGGGUCAGGGUGGCUCCCGUGGCCUGCACAUAUCCUGGCCUCGUUCUCGUGGGCAGGUCAACUGGUAUGAGCUCACACUACAGGACACCAAAACAGGGACGAGCCGCAGUACCCGCGUCAUGGGCACUGCCGCCACUCAGUCUCACUUCACCGCCCUCACCCCUGGAACCCUCUAUGCCCUCAGCCUGGUGGCAACGGCUGGGAAUAAAACAGCCCUGCCAGUGCUGGCCACUGCAGCCACAGCUCCCUCAGCCGUCAGCAGCCUUCAGCUCUCUCCCUCCUCCAGCAGCCUGGGUGUUUCCUGGCAGCCCGGCCCAGGCAGGAGAGAGGGAUUCAGGUUGCUGCUGAGGGAGCAGCAGGGCGGCCUAGUCAGGAACGUCACCCUUAAGAGUAGUGUCACCUCCCACACCCUUGACGACCUGUUGCCUGGGACCCUGUACACUGUCACCGUGGUGACUGAGGCUGAAGGUCUCCAGAACACCAUCUCCAAACAAGCAGUCACAGCUCCUGUGGCGGUGUCAGACCUCCUCUUGGAGAACAACGGCAGUCUGGACACCCUGAGGGCCUCCUGGGUCAAAGCUAGGGGCGGCGUGGAUGCAUACCUGGUCUCCCUGGCAACCCUGGGCUCAGCCAAUCAGGACAGGAAGCUUCCCCCAAACGCCACAGAGGUGGUCUUCAGCGGCCUGACCCCUGGACGGCUCUAUCAGGUGACCGUGAGUUCAAAGGUCGGAGAGCAGACAACUGAGGCUGUGGCCACAGGCAGAACAGUGCCAGACAAGGUGUCUCAGCUGUCCAUGGUGGGCGUCAUUGAUGGCAGCGCUAUGAAGAUUACAUGGUCGCCCCCUAGAGGGGACCGGGAGAACUAUCGUGUCCUGCUACUGAAUGGCACAGUGGCUCUACUCAAUGAGACAGUGAGCAGGCUGGGUAGACAGUACUCCUUCUCUGGGGCUUCCUUGGGGCUGGUGCCUGGCAGGCUCUACACAGCUCAGGUCAUGGUGGAGAGCGGUCUGUUUGGCAACACCGCUCAAUGUCAGGGGAGGCUAGCCCCUCGGCCUGUCCAGCAGCUGGUGGUCCGACACAGUGAUGAGACGUCUCUGAGCGUGCUUUGGUCUCGUCCAGAGGGGGUGUGGGACGGGUACACCGUGGUCUUGAGACAGGCGGACACUGUUGUGUCACAGAGGACACUGUCCCGUGACGUCAGGGAGUGCACAUUCAACGUCCUCUGCCCGGGACGCCAGUACGCCAUCGCCGUCACGACCAACAGUGGGGGCCUAAACAGCUCGGCUUCAGUGAUUGGACGAACUACCCCGGCGCAGGUGACCAGUCUGCGUGUGACCAAUGGUGGUAGCACAGACAGCCUCCAAACCCAGUGGGAGCGGGCGGCUGGCGAGCUGGACUCGUACCGUGUGCUGCUCAUCCACGACAGCAGUGUGAUCAAGAACGAGAGCACCUCGGCCCACACCACAGCCUACAGCUUCCUGGCGCUGAAGCCUGGAGCCCUCUACAGGGUGGUGGUCAUCACUGUCAGGGCCGGACAGGCCUCCAGGCAGAGUGUGGCAGAGGGACACACAGACCCUGCUGCCGUAGGUGUGGUGACAGUCAGUAACAACGGUCGUAUGGACUUCCUCAGUGUGUCGUGGCGACCAGCCCAAGGCGACGUGGAUAGUUACCUGGUCACCCUGAGGGACCGUGAGAGGACCGUCCACACCCUGGUUGUGUCCAAGUCCAGCCCUGAGUGUGUGUUCAAGUCCCUUGUGUCUGGACGGCUCUAUAACAUCUCUAUCAUCUCCCGCAGUGGAGUCUAUGAGAAUCACACCAUCGUGCAGGAACGCACACAGCCCUCUAGUGUCCAAAACCCCACAGCGAUCCACUCGGCCAGGGAUGACUACCUGAAGGUGUACUGGCGCCAUGCAGCCGGGGACUUUGAUUACUACCAGGUGGUCAUCAAACACAACAACAUCUUCCACCAGAACAAGACGGUUAUGAAGAGCCAGAACGAGUGUGUGUUCAAAGGCCUGGUCCCCGGGAGACUGUACACCGUCAUCGUCAGCACCUGGAGCGGGAAGUAUGAGACCAGCAUGUCCACAGACGGAAGGACCUUCCCUGGGGUGAGAUCACUAGCCCUGGCUGGGCGGGGCACGGAGGACCUUCGUGUCACCUGGUUGGCUGCUCCGGGGGACGUGGAUCACUACGAGGUGCAGCUCCUCUUCAACGACAUGAAGGUUAGUGUUCCCGCCCAUCACCCUGGGCAGCAACGUGGGGAAGGUGUCCUUUCCUCCCUCACCCCAGGACGCCUCUAUAAGAUCCACGUUUCCACCUUCAGCGGACCCAACCAGAGGGCCCAGUUCAUAGAGGGCAGGACAGUUCCGAGCAAGGUCAAGAACAUCCACGUGAGUAACAAUGGGCAGAGCAACAGCCUGAAGAUCAGCUGGACCCCGGGGCAGGGUGACGUGGACAGCUACUCUGUGUCCCUGUCACUGGACGGGCCAGAGGGACGCAUGCUGGAGACGCGACCCGUACCCAAACACCUGAAUCAGCUGGGGUUCAGCUCCCUGCAGCCUGGACAGCUGUACAGUGUGACUGUAAGGUCUAUCAGUGGUAUACUGUUGAACAACAACACGGCCAGCGGACGCACCGUCCCCUCUGCAGUGACGGGCCUGCAGGCUGACAACAGACACACCACCUGCAGUAUUCAGGUCAGCUGGCAGGAGGCGGGCGUGGCGGACGGCUACAGCCUGCAGCUGCUGGACGACAGGGGACACCUGGUCACCAACAGCUCCCAGGCCUCCUCCGGGUCCACACCGCUCCAGCACCAUUUCGACGGCCUCACCCCGGGGAAGAGGUACCAUAUCCUGGUCCACACCACCAGCGGAGGGGUCCACAGCGAGGAGGUCACCACUGAAGCACGCACGCGUCCGGCGGCGGUUAGCAACCUCUCCAUCCAGGCCAACAGCAGCAAGCAGCCUGUCCUUCCACUGGUCUCCCCAGAGGGAGAGUUGGAAGGUUACGACCUCUACCUGUACAACGGAGACGACACCCUGUACGACGCGCAGCGGCUGCCCAACACGCUGAGUCGGAGGUGCUGUGGGUGUCGUGGAGCGUGCAGCGGGGAGCUGAGCGGCUACUUGCUGUCUGUCUACAACCCAGAUGGCUCCCAGCAGGCAGAGGAGUCUCUAGGGCCCGACGCCACGGAGCAUGCCGUCCCCACUCUGAUCCCCGGGCGCCUAUACCAUGCUGUCAUCCUCACCCGCAGUGGCUAG